AUGGCGUGUAUCGGUAGCAGACCGGCGAAUUCGGCGUGCGACCUCAAAGAAAGAGCAAAGAGAAAUGGGUUCAGACGCUCUAUAUUCAGUACCCACUGGUACCCCAAAGACAAAUACGUAGGUCAGUGGAGAAACGACGAGAAAGAGGGCAGGGGAAUGGAAAUCUACAGAACUGGCUACGUCUAUAAUGGAGAAUGGAAGGAGGGCGCGAGACAUGGAUUCGGCACAUUGAGCAAAAUCUCGAGCAGCAAGUGCCCGCAAUCCCGAACGGUGAUCCACAUGGGCUGCUGGUGCAGAGGAAAGAAGCACGGCUACGGGCUGCACUGGUACGCGGACAGUUUUUACAAGGGCUACUUCGAGGACGGCCGGAAGAAAGGAUACGGCCAGAUGUGGUGGUACAGCGGCCAGUACUACGAAGGAAUCUGGGAGAACGACCAGUUUCACGGCAAAGGCAAAAUCUACCUAACCAAUUGCAACGUGUACGAAGGCCAAUUCGCGAACGGCAAAAAGGAAGGUUACGGCAUAUAUUACCACAGAAACACCGGCCAGAUACAGCGGGGCUACUGGACCAACGAUAUGUGCACCGAGGGCACAAUGGAGGAUGCCUACUUCCGACAGUCGUCGACGCGACCGACUAGCUAUCCAAUACCGAAGCUAACGCCGAGGCCGUGUCUGCCUAUCGUUGCGCAAUACAACGUCGCGGAAUCCUCGUGCUGCCCCGAGUUUCGUUAA